AUGCCCCCCGUCGACAAGCAGCCCGCCGCGCCCUCCUCGAAGGCCCGCACCGCCUCGAACCCCUACCCUGAUCCGAACGCCGUCAGCGCCAACGGCCGCCCCUUGACGAAGAAGGAGGCCGCGCGACUCGUACAGAACGACGGGAGGAGGCAUCUCAGCUGCGAGAACUGUCGAAUUCGCAAGAUGAAGUGCUCGCGACAGAGCCCCUGUCUAUCGUGUCGGAUGCGCGGCGACGAGUGCGUGUGGAUCGGGACGCCGCCGAACGGCAAUGCGGACGAGGAUGAACUCGAGCGGUCGCAGAACGAGGUCAAUCGCCUGAAGAAGCUCGUCGACCUCCUUCUCGCUCGCCUCGAGGAGCAAGACGAGGCGGAACAGCAGAUGCAGUACAACCAGCACACCACCCAGCAACAUCAGGCCGCGAGCGCAGCACAUGAGCCCGUCGCAUCGACCUCCUCCACCUCCCACUAUGCUGCCCGCCCUACGGCCGCCUCCCCUCCCGAGUCCGACCACUAUGACCAGCGCGAUGCCCCGAUAAACGGACAUGCUCGUCCCGACGCCGCUCAAAGCCAUCACCACGACCCUCCUCGUCGCGGCUCUGGCGGUGCCGACAUCCCCAUCACGCCCGUUCACGGUCCCGGUGCUAGGGACGCCGCCUACUCGCAUCCCGCGUACAGCUCCUCCUCGCUCUACACCUCCGGUCUCGUCACGGGUCCAGGAGGACACGCCAUGUUCCCUGGUGCCGGUCCGUCGUCUUCUUCGUCAGGCAUGACACGCCCAGGCGCAGCAUAUCCGCCACCGGGUCACGUCCCGCCGUAUGCAGGGCGAUAUGCAGCGCCAUCGGCAGCCGCUGGUGACGACAGCAGCCGCGCAAGCGAGUGGAGGUGA